AGUGUGCAGGCUCUCCCGGUUGACUAUGAGAUUGAGUACAUCUGCAGGGGAAACCGUGUGAUUGUGGGACCCAAGGUCAGGAAAUGUUUGCCCAAUAACACUUGGACUGACCUGACCCAACAAAGUAGAUGCUUGUUGUUAUGUGCUCGGAUGUGGAUGUCUUUGGAAAAUGGUCAAGUGGCUUCUUGGCCCAUGGGGCCCCCAGUGGAGGGGACCGUGCUGCGCUAUAGCUGCCUCCCUGGCUUCGUCUUGAUGGGCCGAAACGCAACACAGUGCAAUAAGUUGGGCAAGUGGGAUACGCCCAAACCAGUGUGCCACUAUGAUCGGAAUUUCAAAGCUCUAGGCAAGAAGAAGCUCUACAUUGGCGCUCUCUUUCCCAUGAGUGGAGGCUGGCCUGGAGGACAAGCCUGCCUCCCUGCCGCUAAGAUGGCCCUGGCUCUGGUGAAUGAAAGGACCGAUAUACUGCCAGACUAUGAACUGGAGCUCAUUCAUUAUGACAGUAUGUGUGAUCCCGGAGAAGCCACCAAGCUGCUUUAUGACCUUCUGUACACCGAACCCAUCAAAAUUGUUCUGAUGCCAGGUUGCAGUUCCGUGUCAACAUUGGUGGCAGAGGCAGCUCGCAUGUGGAACCUCAUAGUGCUGUCCUACGGGUCCAGUUCCCCAGCUCUGUCCAAUCGCCAGCGCUUUCCUACUUUCUUUCGCACUCAUCCAUCUGCUACGCUGCACAACCCCACUCGAGUGCAACUAUUCCAAAAGUGGAAAUGGACCAAGAUUGCAACCAUUCAGCAGACAACGGAAGUUUUUACAUCGACCCUGGAUGAUCUAGAAGAGAGGGUGAAGGAAGCUGGGAUUGAAAUCAGCGUUCGCCAAAGCUUCCUGAGUGACCCUGCUGUGGCUGUAAAAAACCUCAAGCGUCAAGAUGCCCGAAUCAUUGUUGGCCUCUUCUAUGAGACUGAAGCCAGGAAGGUCUUUUGUGAGGUCUACAAGGAAAAGCUGUAUGGAAAGAAAUACGUGUGGUUCCUCAUUGGCUGGUACGCAGACAACUGGUUUAAAAUUAAGGACCCUUCCAUCAACUGUACAGUGGAGCAAAUGGCAGAAGCUGUGGAAGGUCAUGUGACCACUGAGAUCGUCAUGCUCAAUCCAGAAACUGUGCGAGGAGCUUCCAACCUGACCUCCCAGGACUUUCUGGACCAGCUGAUGUCAAAACUCGGGGGUAAAAACGCAGAAGACACAGGAGGUUUUCAAGAAGCCCCUCUAGCCUACGACGCUGUGUGGGCUCUCGCUCUCGCUCUCAACAAGACUGUGGGACCUCUGAAGGCCAAAGGUCACCGUCUGGAAGAUUUCAAUUACAACAACCGAGAUAUCACCGCUGAAAUCUACAGAGCUCUCAACACCAGCUCCUUUGAAGGAGUUUCAGGUCAUGUAAUAUUUGAUGCUCAAGGUUCUCGGAUGGCCUGGACUCUAAUUGAACAGCUUCAAGGGGGAAGCUAUAAGAAGAUUGGAUACUACGACAGCAGUAAAGGCAAUCUGUCCUGGUACGGGAAUGACAAAUGGAUUGGCUCUGGACCCCCAGCAGACCAAACAAUGGUCAUCGAGGAGUUCCGCUAUCUGUCACAGAAGCUAUUUGUCUCCAUGUCUGUGUUGGCUGGUUUGGGAAUCUUGCUGGGCGUCAUCUGCCUCACCUUCAACAUCUACAACAGCAGUGUCAGGUAUAUUCAGAACUCCCAGCCCUACCUGAACAACAUGACAGCCGUGGGCUGCAUGAUGUCUCUCGCUGCUGUCUUCCCUCUGGGCAUUGAUGGCCUUCAUGUCCACAGGAAACAUUUCCCUGUCGUCUGCCAGUUCCGCUUGUGGCUGCUUGGUCUGGGUUUCAGCCUUGCGUACGGCAGCAUGUUUACCAAGAUCUGGUGGGUUCAUACCGUCUUCACCAAGAAGGAUGAGAAGAAGGAUAAGAAAAAGCACCUGGAGCCCUGGAAGCUCUGUGCCACUGUUGGCGCCCUGCUUGGCAUCGAUUUCUUGUCUCUCAUCAUCUGGCAGAUUGUGGAUCCUUUGCAUAUCACUGUGGAGAAAUUCACCCGAGAAGCCCCAAAAGGAGACCAGGAUGUUUUGAUCCAACCAUUAUUGGAGCACUGCAGCUCUGAAAAGAUGAACACCUGGCUGGGUGUGGUGUACGGGUAUAAAGGCUUGCUGCUGCUGCUUGGCAUCUUCCUGGCUUACGAGACAAAGUCAAUAUCCACGGAGAAAAUCAAUGACCACCGGGCUGUGGGCAUGGCUAUCUACAACGUUGCUGUGCUAUGUUUGAUCACAGCCCCCGUCACCAUGAUCCUGUCUUCUCAGCAGGAUGCCGCCUUUGCCUUCGCCUCCCUGGCCAUUGUCUUCUCGGUCUACAUCACCCUGGUGGUUCUGUUUGUUCCCAAGAUGCGACGUCUGAUCACUCGAGGUGAGUGGCAGUCAGACGCCCAAGAGACCAUGAAGACUGGCUCGUCAAUGAACAACAACGAUGAAGAGAAAUCCCGACAGUUGGAGAGAGAGAACCAGGAGCUCCAGAAGAUCAUUCAAGAAAAAGAAGAACGUGUAUCCGAGCUUAGGAACCAGCUCUCUGAGCGACAAGCCCUACGUUCAAGAAGAAGACCAUCCACUGUCACCAAUCAAAACCACAGCACCCCUGCACUCACCAUCCCCCAGACCAACCCCAGAACUCUGGCCCAUCCGCCAGGUUACCCUGCACCCACUUCUGAUCUGCAUGCGGUCCCUCCGUCUUUUGGCAACUCAUCCAGCCUAUACCAGCCUGACAACAAAAUUGGCCGCAAUAACUGUCAUACCAGCCGGCUGCAGAUGCUCUACAAGUGAAGUGAACUGAGGGGAUGACUUCAAGCAUGAGCGCUUUUAUGACAUUCAUACUUGUGGAUGGACAGAAUAAGGUACAACACUUUUAAAAGAUUGUUAAGUGAAUAUCUGGAGGGACAGUAGACAUUAAAAAGAGAUGUACAUGCAUUUGUUACAAUUUUGCAUCCGACAUACGCUAAUGAUGUUGAAAAAAUUACUCAAAUUUGACUGUUUGCUGAGUUUACCUUUCUAAAAGGGCCCCUGUAUUAUUGACAACAUUGGCACUUAUAUCAUAAAUCAGUAUGUCUACAGGUAAAAAUCCCCCCCAAAAUGGACAAAGUAGUGAUUUUAGUGUUACAUUAGUGCUCUUCGAAGUGGAGGGGGUGACCCCAAAAUGCAAGGAUCAGCAGUUAGAAGUGUAUUUAAGUCCAAAUGUUCAAAAACACGAAUAGAGUGCAGAAAUAGAGUGCACAGAACAGCACAGGAGAAACUGUGCAUGAAAAAAGGUAAGCUUAACAGAGAACAUACAACAAAAGAAAAUACCAAAACUAUCAUCACAAAUACUUCUGACCGCAGGGAUAAAACCCGAGUACUGGUAUUUUUUGGUACCGGUUCCUAAUUAGGCUGGUCCAUGAGCACCGUGAAGAUUCUGCACUAAGGAGACUGCUAUCGGUAGGUUUUUAUCCAGCUGAUCGACAUAAUUGUGACAUGCUGACACAUUUAGUUCAGCUGCUGCUGCUACACAUUAAAAUCAGCUUUAGAGAACGACAAAGAAGAAAGCCACACCACACAAAAGUUUAUAACACAUCAAUAUUCCCGCCUCAAAAGUUCCCCAAAGUCACGCAAGCUGUUUCAGUUUGAAGUGAACGCACUUUACUCAUGACGAGUCACAACCCCGUUUUAUCAACCGUCCUCCUAGCGGUCCUUUAAUCCACAAACCAAUAUCAAUCCACUCAAAAAGUGAAAAAUUGAGGUAAUGUAAUAAUCCAUAAAGUUGCUUUGAAGCAAGAUAGCAUCCGCUGUGACUGACUGGUCUCUGGUUGCUGUCUGACGUCAAUCCAUUGUGCCGCGUUUGCGUGUCAUUAAACACAUCUUGCUUAAAUGUGUUUCAGUUAGGUCUGUCUCAUAACUACAAACUGGACGACCUAGCAUUAUAAUUGCUCACAGUCUUUUUAUUUAUAUAAUACGCACAUACAUCGGUAGCUGCCAACACUCAGUAUGGCUUCCGGUCCGUCACUCAAAUACGUGCAGCACAAACACAAACAACAAUUCCUAUUGUUACAAAGUGCACACCCACAUAACAUGCUAAUUGAUCGUAUUGAUUUAUAUUAUUUAUUAUUUGCACAUGAAUGCCAUAUAUGAAUAUUAUUUCCAGCUGAGUGUAAUUGUAAUGAAUAGACACACAGUGAUGGAUCUGUGUGGUCUUUACAAGAUGACAUCAUUUCAUUUCACAGUUUCCCACCUAGGUCUUCAGUGAUGUCCGACUUCAAUGGUUAUCUCUUAAAAUACCAUAAUUGAUGUCACCACAUGACCAUUGCUAGAGAAAUACUAUACAGACACACAUUUACGCACUGCUGGCCUUUGAUUCACCUCAACAGUGUACAAAAUUGGUUAUUUUCUGGGGCAUUUAAAAAUCAAUAAACCCGCAUCAGCAAUUAAAACAUAUCUUAUGUGGUACUGUCAAAAUUAAAAUUGCAAAAAACAUAUUAACCGUGAAAAAAUAAAGAAAUAAAAUAUUUGAACUCGCAAUUUGUAGAACCCAUUUGACGCCGUAUAAGCC